AUGUCUCGCAUCACCUGGCUGAUGCCUCUCACCACCUGGUUGAUGCCUCGCAUCACCUGGCUGAUGCCUCGCAUCACCUGGCUGAUGCCUCGCAUCACCUGGCUGAUGCCUCACCACCUGGCUGAUGCCUCGCAUCACUUGGCAGAUGCCUCUCACCACCUGGCUGAUGCCUCUCACCACCUGGCUGAUGCCUCUCACCACCUGGCUGAUGUCUCGCACCACCUGGCUGAUGCCUCUCACCACCUGGCUGAUGCCUCUCACCACCUGGCUGAUGCCUCUCACCACCUGGCUGAUGCCUCUCACCACCUGGCUGAUGCCUCUCACCACCUGGCUGAUGCCUCUCACCACCUGGCUGGUGCCUCUCACCACCUGGCUGGUGCCUCUCACCACCUGGCUGAUGCCUCUCACCACCUGGCUGGUGCCUCUCACCACCUGGCUGGUGCCUCUCACCACCUGGCUGAUGCCUCUCACCACCUGGCUGAUGCCAUACUCCAAUUAACAGGCAAAAAUGAAACGUGA